AUGAUCAAAGUCGAAAAAGUUGGUGCCAAGAAGAAUGUUGCUCUCAUAACGUUGAAUCGUCCCAAAGCAUUCAACGCUUUAUGUAACCAGCUGAUGUCCGAGGUAGGAUUUUACGCCAUCUGGUACGAUCAUCACUUGGAGAGGGCUUCACAUCAUGCGAGAACAUGGAUUCCUGGACAGCUUUCAAUUGGCUGUGCCAUCGUCCUCACAGGAAAUCAGAAAGCUUUUGCUGCGGGAGCAGAUAUCAAGGAAAUGGUUAACCGGGAGUUUGCAACGACGUAUCAAGGUCGUUUCCUUGAGGAAUGGACGGCUGUGAGCGAGACGGCCAAACCCGUCAUUGCGGCAGUCAACGGUAGUCUAUCUGCAUUCAUUAGGUAUGCUCUUGGCGGUGGAUGUGAGUUGGCCAUGAUGUGUGACAUAAUCUACGCCGGCGAUAAAGCACAGUUUGGACAGCCGGAGGUUAACAUUGGCACAAUUCCAGAGCGACAAUAUGUCCAUUUUAAGGAGCUGGUGGAACCUCAACGAUGGGCUCGUGUUGCGGGAAAAUCCAUGGCAAUGGAAGUUUGCUUGACAGGUAACCGAGUAAGCGCUCAAGAGGCGAAGGAAUGCGGAAUAGUUUCGAAGCUGAACAGUGUGAAGCUAGUUAAGCUUGGUGAAGAAGAAUUGCAGAAAACAAUCACCUCUAUCGUACAAUGCAAAGGUGGAGUUGGAAAUUUUGAUCCAUUACAGAAAGACCGUAAAGAAGGCAUGAGUGCAUUCGCUGAGAAACGAUCACCAAAAUGGACCUCAUCUUAA